UAUGCUGAAAUUAAAUUUAAGACAUGCGUUGUGAAUGCAACGGAUCACGUAUACCAUACGCUUGCCAGUACAAACAAAAUCAAGUUGGGCAAUCAACUAUUGGAUACAAUCUAUCGCCACGCCUGAAGCAAGAUCGAUAUCUGAUUUUUCUAGAUGCGUCAAGUGCAAUUUGACUGUCGCGAAAUUGUCAGUCGCAAUUUACAGAUCGAAGGGUACGCAUCAACUUGCAAAAUGAGAGCAAUCAUUAGUUCAGCGUUUAUAGCUUUGUCGCUUUUCGGUUUCAGCGUAGCCAAAGAUGAAUUUCCUAACAAAUUUCAUAGUAUCUACGGCUGUAAGCAGAUAAACGCGGUAACCAAUUACAAUGAUCCCGUGCAUUACCUUCCUGUGGAGGAGUUUGAUCAUGUUGGAACCGGAUCGAACUAUUCAUUCUUUCGACUGGGAGUUUUCGGUAGAAGUGAUGCCAUAAUUCGCCUUUCCAAGGUGCCAAAGCCGUACCACAACAACAUUGUGCAUGAAAUCGCCAUCGGAUCGGGGCUGAACAAUUUCAUCGAGGUUCGACGACAAACGAGAUUCAACACUUUGGUGUUCACCAACCACGUUCUCAAGCAAGUGCCAACACCAAACGUGCUGUCCGAAACGGAACCGUUUGUCAUACGGAUGGACUUUUUCAAGGAUGGCUCGGUGACGCUGACCAAAGACAACGAAACGAAACCAUUUUUGGAAUUUUCCGACCCCAAUGCGGAGAUCAACUUCCGGUAUAUUGGAUUCUCCAACUGGCUCUCCAAGGCGAUCUACUUCUUCGAUUGCCCUAUGUAUAACUUCGAUGGCAGAGUGGACAAAUUGAAUUGGUAAUGCAGUGAUACAGUUUUCUAGAGGCGAAAA